AUAGUUUUUGCGGUUAUUUAUUUAACGAUCUUUAUCAUUUUAGUAGCAAUGAACUGACCAACGGUAAUUUGGGAAAUUUAGUUAAUCCACAACUUAUGGUUGAUAAUUUAUUAUACAAUUUAUUGUUUGAACUUGUCAUAAUUAAAUUGUAUAGUUAAAAUUUUCAAUAUUUUAUUAAGUUUAGUCGAGUGGAUAUUUUAUAAGUUUAUUCUUGUAGUUCCAUUAAUAAUUUUUUUUCAAUUUCCAAUUAUCUUGAAUUAAUUUUAGUACUUAAAUUUAUACUAAUGGAGCCAAUGGCAUUAGGGUCUCCAUCUCAUGAUAGUCCUCAAAAACCAACUUAUCUCCCAGGUUUUUUAAUGGGCGAACGAGCUCAAACACCAGUAAAUAAUGUAUCAUUAAAUACAAUGUCUCCAAUGCGUUCUAGUCGUAGCCAUGCUGAUGCCCAUUCAACAUUGCUUAUGAGAAAUUUUCAUCAUGAAUUAAGCGACAAACCAUCUUCAACACCAAUUUUAAAUAGAGUUAAUGAAGAACCAUCAAAAGCGCCUACAAUAGAUUUAUUUGAUAUGCUUAAUGCGUCCGACUACAAAGAAGAGCAGUGUACUAAUAAAGAAAAUAAAGAAUUUUAUUCUGAACGCAAGAACUUGUUAUUAUCAAAAAAGCCUCCUUUAAAUUGGAUAACUGUGUUUGGUUUCUCAUUAGCUAAUAAAGAUGAAAUAUUGUCAAAAUUUACUCAUAUGUCUUCAUGUUGUGAUGUCAGAGAAACAGGACCAAAUUGGGCUCAUAUAUGUUUUAGUGAUCCUACAGAUUAUCACCGUGCUCUCUUAUUUAAUGGGCAUAUAACUAAUAACGGUGCUAUGAUUGGAGUUAUACAAUGCAAUGAUAAAACAAUUUUAAAUGAGUGUGCUAUCUUAAAUUCUCAUUCCGAUAAUCAUAGUUCAGCCCUCUCUAAAGCAAUUCGUUCACCAAUUAUUGGACAACAAUUAUCUUCCCCUAACGAUUCAAUAGUUAAAAGAAGUAAAUUGAGACCUAUGGUUGCUAAGCCUAUUCCUGUUCAACGAAAUGAUAAUGAACCUACUGCCACAACGUCAAAUGGUAUAGUCACAAAAACAUUAGAAUAUUUAUUUGGAUGGUAGUUGAUUUGUUGAAACCUUAUUUGACUAUACUGGAUGGUUGUAUUUUAUUACCUUUUUUAUUUCCUACAGUCUUUUUAUAAUACAUAAUUGAACUUAUAAACAAUGGAUUAUAAUUAUUACUGUUUUUAGGUGAAUUAGUGUAACUUAUAUUAAAAUAAUACUUUAAUUACAUUAUAUAUAUUUUUGUCACUAUAAAUGUUUAUUAUAUAAAAAUAAAAUUUAAUUACUUAGUUUUUAUGGCAACAAUUAAAGCAGUAAUUUAAGAAACAACAUAUCACUAUUUUUUUUCACCAUUAUAAGAAAGAGAAUACUAUUUCAUACAAAAUUGUUUAUAAAUCUAAGCAAAUAAUAUAAAAUAAGACUUAUACAUUUUUAAGUAAUGAACUAAAAAAACAACUAAACUUUAGGUAAAAAUUCUUAUUUUUUUAAGAAAUUAUUUGUAAAACUUGUACAAAAAUAAUUCAACUAGUGUAUGGCACAUUUCAUUUGUAAACAACAAGACAUUUGACCUUGGGUCUUUAAAUUUUUGUGCUAUUUCUUUAGAUCAAUGUAGUGUUUAAGUUUAAAAAACAAUAAUAUACUAAUAAACAAUAUUUUUUAAU